UUGAGAUUAAACCAAGAAAGGUAUGACAAUGGAAGGGAUCAAUGGCGUCUUCGGUAAGCCCAAGCCGCUGCGAAGCAAGCUGGUUAAGGCCUCCGAGCGACUAGAAGAAGAUGCCCAAGCGAUGGAGUCAAGAUUGCGUCAACUUCGAGUGACGAUGCUGGAAGAGAAGAAGAAACGAGACGCACAACUCCCCCUAAAACACGCUGGGAACCGGUGGCGUAGUGCUCGGGAAGAUCGAGGCAGUGUGAGGCAAUACGCGCGCGAUGUUCAGGAUAGGAAGGCGUUUAACAAGAAGGAAAGUUCUGAUACUGGAACGAAAAAAUCAAAGACGAAGAAGAGCUCGUCGCGAUCGAAACUUACGAUUCUUUCACCUGCUACGGUGGAGCAGUGGACAGUACCUCAAGUGGUUGAGUGGUUAGCGACUAUCGGUUUAGAUGAGUUCCAAAGUGGCUUUGAAUUCCAUCAAGUUACAGGUAAAAUGCUGCUUAACCUGUCACCAGCAGGAUACGAGAAGCUCGGCGUCUUUAAGUUGUCGGCACGCAAUAGACUCCUGGCUGAGAUGGAGCUGAUCCGUGCUCAGCAGGUCAACUACGAAUGUCACAAUGGCACUGAAGCAGCAGAAAUUAUCGACUCAAAGCUUCGAGAUGCUCAACUCGUUCCUGAAAAUUUGCCGCCAAGCAAACUCGCAGCGAAGACCCAUUGGUCUCACGUAACUCCGCUCUCGGAAAACGGCGUUGCUAGUGGAGACGGUCAAGUUUCAGUCAAUUUAGCUGACGGAGAAUUUAACGAGGAUGAGAGUCACGCUUCAUUUAUGAAGGCACUUCUAGAGUGGAGAGAGAGCGACUCGAAGCAGCUAGAGAACCAAGAAGAGGAGGAGUGGAUGAAUCCAAUGUUUAGUACUGGAACAGAAGAUCAAACAAAUGGAGGUGCCUUACUGGAAGGAACGUACAAUGAAGAGGAGGCACAUAAGUCGUUCGAAGAAGCACUAAUGGCAUGGAGAAACGGAGGCAAUGUCACGACCAGUUCCGCGACUCCAGUGGAACAAACCGAGAGUGGGUGCACUCCAAGCGAACGAAAAUGUUGCUGGCAGUGCUAUCGAGUUGUGCAAGUAGACAACUUAGUACACGAUGAACAGACUGACAAGUCAUUCUGUGGCCCAACGUGCCGAGAAGCGUACCGCGAACAAUAUGCUCGGUUCUAUGUUACCUCAUCAUGA